GCAGAAGCCCCAUUGCAAUAGCCCAUGGGUUGAUCUAGUCAUCAAAAAACACGUUGCUUUGUAUUAUAUUGCGCCUCUGACAUGAAAUGGCACCUAUUUUUCAGAAGCGACUGAGCUGUUUCUACUGUGGGGGUCGCUCUGCCCAAACUGACAGAGGACCUGUCCGCAAAUGGCGCUGCACGCAUUGCGAAGCAGUCAACUACCUGGACGAGAAAGGGGAAAUCACCGACCCUCCCGCUGCAGAAACGAACCCAGAUGUAUACGGCCCAGGAGCGUCGAGCCCACCCUUUGAGUCGACCGAUUUUACAGGGACUAGCCUUUUCUGCGCCCAAUGUGUCCGCAAUCAGCAUCUGUUCACGAGUACUUUGGCCUCGUACUUUCCUUCCCCCGAAGACCCCACAUACAGUGCCUACGAACGAGAAUACCCCAGCUUUCGACAGAACAUGGAAGAACGGUACCCGCAAGUAUGCGCCAAAUGUGAACCCCGGGUGAGGGACCGUAUUCGUCAGGCAGGGUAUGAAGCAAAGUCGGAUCAUCUUCGACGCAUGAUGGACAGGAGCAAGGCGGGAAGAGCAUCCAGACAGGCACGAAACCGGAACUGGAGGAGUUUGCUUGUUUUUGCGGGUGCCGUCGGCUACUGGGGAAGUGCUGCGGGCCAGCUUGCCUGGGAUAUACUAAGUGCUUUGAACACUGGCGAACCACUGCGGGACUCAGACGGAUCUUCACCGGUUCCAUCCCUAGCAUCAUGCGCCCAACAGACUUUGCAGCUUCGAUAUGCGCCGAGUAAUUGCUUGAUGGACCUAACACCACAUGCUGGAUUGGCGCUUGUUGCAGGCAUCCUUUCACUCUGGUGGAACCCGAAGUUGCGGUUCAAGGUCGAAGGAAGAGGCGGCCGUUUUGUUGGGUUGGGAGAGUAUUAUCAAGUGCAACUCAUCGUUAUGGUGGUCCGAUGCGUGUUUUGGGGCGUGCUUAAGGAUCCUUCUUCAAGUGGUCUCGAAUCGAGUAUGCUACCAGGAUUGCAUUUGUUUAUGAUCGUCUUCACGGUUCUGUCUAUUGCCAUCUCUCGGCGUGUUAUCCAGUAUGAUACUCGUCCCUUGGUGUCAUGGUCAGAAUUCGACACUCCAGCAGUGACGCCGCGCCGGAAGCCGGAAGCAUCGCAAGCACAGUCAACUGCCAAAAAGGAGCCUUUUGCGGUAAUUAAUGAAGACCUUCAUCAAAGCGUCCAGCCUUUUCCACUUGAGAAACUCGCUACUCCCCGGGCCGCUCUUGAAAGGGAGCCGGCAAUUCCUCCUACCCCUCCUCCAGAAGUGGAUGAUAUGGAUUGGACGCCUUCGUUACAGCGCGAAAUUCGACCAACCAUUAGUGUCCACCAAAGGGACCAAAAAUCUGUUCUCGAUGGUCCCAUGCCUUUUUACGGCUCACUCCCUGCUGCACCAAAACCUCCAUCAUGGAAUCUUCGCACCCAGCCUUCUCAGAAGCCCAUUGAGCAGGUUGUCGAGCGUAAUCCAUUCCACCGUGCCCCGGCCCAGUCUCCAAGCGCAUGGCAGCGCAACCCUGGGCGUCCUGAUGUAUUUGCGCCCCCGAAAUUCUUUCCUAUGACCGAUCAUGUCGCGUCAACCGGACUGGAAAGCUUGUUUGAUCGGGCUUUCACCAUAAAAUCAGCAGAGGAUGAGGGAAAAGAAGACUGGAAGCAGAAAGUGCCACAAGUGGACUCUCAACACCGGACAGACAUGAGAAAUCUUCUUCUUUCCCAGUAUCUCCGAUUGGGAUUACUUCUAGCAUCUAUUCUUGCUUGGACUCUCUCUCAAUAUGGACUCCUCUCGGUACCUGGAAAUUAUAUCGAAGUGGCCUCAUUGGGAAGCGCAAGUCUCAUUGCCGGAUUUGCUCUUCUAGAGGUAUUGAAACGGCCUAUUGUGCAGUGGAACGGGAUGGAGAUUCUUGUCUACUUUGCUGAACUCGUGGCGGCUGUUCAUUUGGGGGGCAACCUUCCUCGUGUCUCCUUCGAGAGAGAAUAUUUUGACAGGUACGGGAAACUGCUUCUAAUUUUCAUGGCUGCCCAGGAAGGACUUGGUCUUCUUGCCAUUUUGCGAGCUGCUCCAGCCAAUGGCGAGAAUUCUCGGUCCCAACAGCCAAACCAUACCCAGUCGAAUCAGGCACACUCUUCGGGUCAAGAUGUUUUCACGGACUCACCCAUGGCGAGACCUGGUAACCUUUUGGAGAACCAGUCUUUCCAUUCUCAGCCAUCUGUGCCCCCUCUUUCCUUCUCUUCGACUGCUGCUGGAUCUGGUUUCUCGCCUGAAUCGUCUGGGUCGCCAUACCAAGUAGGAUUACCCUACAACCAGGGAUUUAGCGGGAAUCAUAGUUUCAGUCUAAACAGUCUCAAGGACAAUGAGUCUGAUGUGUCCGACCCGUUAGAUCGUGACUCUGACACAGAAACCACUGUCACGACAGCCACCACUGCUACGAAUAAUACCAUUCGGAAUAUCAGAUAUGGGCGGAAUGUCAAUGAGAACUUUUUCUCCCCGAAACGAUCUGAGCUUGGACCGGGUAUUGGUGGGCUGAGUCUAGAUGAUAACAAGCCUCACCGACGAGUAACUCGGAGCCAAACCCAGAGGCGACAGCAAGGGGAUGGAUUCCGCAAAUACCCAGUCAGGGGGCUCGAUUAACCUUCUGGAUUUGCUUUCUAUUCGUUUAUACGAUUGUCUUUUUCUCAACUCUGUUGGGUCUUCUGCCUGUCUUUGUUACUGUUUCUUUUGUUUUGCACCAUUAUGGAGCAAGGGGCAUUUUACUUGUUGGACAUUGUCAUUUUUCAUUCUUUCAGAUUGAGAUAUUCGAUUGCAUUUUGUGUGUUGUUUGGGAUAAUAGGUGUGAAAGAGCGAGGUUGGAUUCUUCUGCAUGCAUUAUACCGUCUCUCCCUGUUUUUGAUAUCAUCUCUUAUUUUCUCGGGAAGCAUUGUACAUAACGAAACUAGAACAUACGAAUUUUAUGACAUACUAGCAUUAUCAGUUUAUCAUUUU